GGGUCUCUCACAUGUAACGGUCAUUCAUUCCCACAUGGAUGCCCUAUUCAGCCUCAGGGCCAACCCAUUAACUGGGACGAUUGGUGCACUGCGACUAGACCUAUGGUCGUAAGUACAGUGCAUGAGGCAUUGUAUUGAAAAAAAGGCUGGAGUAAUCUAUUCAUGGAUCGCUGCGCAAACAAGUUUCUAGAUAUAUGCGGUUGCAUAGAAGGUGCCGAGACCCAACCUAUGGCCGACGGCCAUGUUCGCCUCUUAUUGAUCCGCCGCUGGGUUCCUUGCUCUCCAUCUUGCCGCGGCCGCUUCUCCUUAUGGUGGCCGUUCCUCCUUGUGAGUGUGAUACGUGUUUUGGCUUAUGCGUUGCCGCUAUCAACUCUAUGACUUCGAUUACUUACUCGCUGCGCAAGCAGCCUUUUCUAGUGGGCGUUUGCCAUUGCCCAUUUAGCAGUUACUUCCUUGAACGAACCCUCAAUAGGGUCGAUACAACAAACUCGCGGUUCGCCAUAGGAUUUGUUCACUGCCUCAGUCACGCUGUAGUAUCCCUGAACGACUGGGCAUUCUGGAUCGCGAAUGAUUCAUGCUUUACUAUUAUGGAUAUCAGCGGCGCAUCUCUUGAUUCUGAGGCACAAGCAGCUUCUUCGAGGCAUUAGCUUGUUGUGACCUAGCGCACUACACGCAACUCAGAUUUGAUCCACAGGAUGCGCCGAGAAGGGUCCGUCUUGAAGCAUGUUUGCACCACGACCCGCAGUGCCCCCUAAG